AUGCCCAACAUUGUGCUCUGCAGCGGCAGCUCGCACCAGGACCUGUCCCAGCGCGUGGCUAACCGGCUGGGCCUGGAGCCAGGCAAGGUGGUCACUAAGAAGUUCAGCAACCAGGAGACCAGCGUCGAGAUUGGCGAAAGUGAGGGGGAAGAUGUGUACAUCAUCCAGAGUGGCUGCGGAGAAGCCAACGGCAACCUGAUGGAACUCCUCAUCAUGAUCAACGCCUGCAAGGUCGCGUCAUCCUCCACGGUGACCGCCGUGAUCCCGUGCUUCCCGUACGCCCGCCAAGACAAAAAGGACAAGAGUCGUGCUCCGAUUUCGGCGAAACUUGUGGCCAAGAUGCUCUCGGUCGCUGGGGCGGAUCACAUCAUCACCCUGGACCUGCAUGCCUCUCCGAUCCAGGGGUUCUUUGAUAUCCCCGUGGAUAACUUGUACGUGGAGCCCGCGGCCCUGCAUUGGAUUCGGGAGAACAUCACCGAGUGGAGAAACUGCAUCGUUUCACCUGACGCCGGGAGCGCCAAAAGGGUCAUGUCAAUCGCAGACAGGUUGAAUGUGGAAUUUGCCUUGAUUCACAAGGAGAGGAAGAAGGCAAAGGAAGUGGACCGGAUGGUGCUGGUGGGCGAUGCGAAGGACCACGUGGCCAUCCUUGUGGAUGACAUGGCCGACACAUGUGGCACCAUUUGCCAUGCUGCGGACAAGCUACUCUCGGCCGGAGCCACCAAAGUUUAUGCUAUCCUUACCCAUGGGAUCUUCUCUGGGCCAGCUAUUUCCAGAAUAAAUAAUGCCGCCUUUGACGCUGUUGUGAUAAACACUGUCCCAGAGGACAAAAUGAAACACUGCUCCAAGAUUCAGGUUAUUGACAUUUCGAUGAUCUUGGCAGAGGCGAUUCAAAGGACCCACAGCGGUGAAUCUGCAUCUUACCUGUUCAGCCACGUCCCACUGUAA